AUGAGCUACACACCAAAUAUCAAAAGCACCGAAGUUUUACCGUCGAAGAGUGCACAACAAUUCACAUACAAUUUUGGCGCAAACGCUUUUGUUCACAAAAAGAAGAACGAGAAAAUUGAUGCCCCAAAACCAAUAAAGGCUUUUGCAGGGUUAAAUGAAGAACGUGAGCAAACACCAGUCGCGCCCGAGUUUAGCCACCCGACGGUCGCGGUGUCUGCGGACCUUCCCCAUUUGGGAGACACCACCAAAAUGGCGGCUGUCGACUCGGCUUUCAAAUCAAAUGUUGAUAAAGCUGUUAAGGCCGCGGUAAAAUUUGUACCAAAGAAAAAGCAGAAGAAGGACAUCAUAGACCAGCCACCUCAAUCUGAAGAGGAGGUUGGUCUUGACAUAAAUUCCCAGCAAAAUCCAGCCUCAAAACACGUUUCUUUCUGCCAAGAUCACGUUUUGGGGGAAAAUGACAAAGUGAGUGAUGUUGCCGAGAAAUUGGCCCAAUCUCCCGAACAACAGGAGGAAAAAACCCAACCAGAAAAACGUGUUAUACAGCAAGACAAGUGGUGGGAAAAGAAAAGUGAAAAAAAAGAGGAACCGAUAACAACUGCAGAAGAUGAGUGGCAAGAUGUUGUUUCGACAAAGACAUCGAAGAAGAAGCAAAAGCCCAAAAAGAAAAAAGAAACACAAGACAAAAAAUCAGAGAAAAAAUCAGAGACGUCAAACGAAACAAAGGACGAUAAAAUCGACGAAGAAAAACAAACUGAAAAUGUCAAAUCUGCAAUCACCGAAAAUCAAGAUGACGACAAACGGAACGAAAUCAAAGAAGAGGCGGAAAUUUACAAGCCACCGACACCAAGUAAUAUAGAAGACCGUCAAAAGGAAAAACUCAAUGAACAACCAAAAGAAGAAAACUUCUUUAAACCAGCAACGAGAAUAAGAGCUGGAGAGGCGGCUCCUAAAGAAGACGGGGAAUCUCCAGGAAUAUUUAAAGCAGCAACUCGUAUUAGGUUUGGUGAACCAGCUCCACAAGAGGAACAAAAAACAGAAGCAAAGAGAAUUGAAGAGGACAUUGAUGAUGAUAAGAUGGGGAUUAUCAUUCCCCCAUCUGUCAAAUCGGUACCGCCACAUGUCCCACAAAAUGUGUAUUCAAUUGACCAAAUGCUUGAUUUGAGAAGCAAAAAGGUUCGAGCAAGAGAUUCGAUGUUUGAAAUGUUCCAAAAAUUCACGAUGAAAGAAAAGAAAGAAGAAAAAUUAUUCACAGUUGAUCAGUCGAAGGCGAUGUAUCGCCAGUGGUUCAAUCAGUUGACAGAAAUCACAAUUGAUAAAGUCACAUCUGAAAUGGCACUUCAGAUGCGAAGUAAAGAUGAUGUUGAGACGAUGUUGUCGAUCUUAUUCAAAAAUGCGAUCAAUGAGCGGCGAUAUGUGCAGUUGUAUGUGAAGUUCUUUGUGAAAGUGCGCAAUGCGAUGCUUGUAGUUGACACCAAGAAAGACCUUGCAAUUGACAUGAUCAAAUUUCUUCUUGGGAAGGCAGAGAAUCAAUUCACACAUCCACCAACUGUCAGAAUGCCAUCUGAAAAUGAAACAGAUAUCGAACGCAUCGAACGUGAAGAUGCAAAUGCAGUGGAUGAGUUUGAAUAUCUUGGAACAGUCUUCUUGGUGUCAUAUUUGUACACAGAAGGCACAGUCAUCGCUGACUUGGUGCUACAAUGUCUGCAUUCCCUCUCUAACAUCAAAGGAAGACUGCCAACAAAGGCAUUCACUACACUCAUCAAAGAGACAUGCGACAAAUUGGUCAACGAGAAGGUCGACAUGACUGACGUGUUGAACACUAUCAAGAAAAUGCAAGCUGUCGACGGAAUCUCAAAAUUCGAACAAAUCGUCUUGGAAAACUCAAAAGACCAAAUCAUUAAGGCUGUCGAGAAAUUUGCGAAGAGAGGAGGUAUACCUAAACAAAAGAAAAUAAAGAAAGUUGAAGUAAAGACUGAAGAGUUUAUCCCCGAUUCAGUCGAGGAUAUGGCUAAAGGCAAUACAAAACUGAUUGAUAAAGAAAGUAAUGAAACGAACAAUAAAAUGAAAGAGAAAGGCGAAGCAAAGUAA